AUGUCGGAUCUGAAUCAAACGCCAUCUGAAGAGACUGUUUUAUUGGCAAGGGGCUACAAAUUUCUAAAAAAAUUGGGUGAGGGUGCUUAUGCGAAGGUAUAUCUAGCGGAGUAUAAACCGGAAUCAGAACCUGAAAAGAACAGUACUUUAGCGUGUAAGGUUAUAGACACCGGGGAAGCACCAAAGGAUUUUGUCCGAAAAUUUUUGCCUCGCGAACUGGAUAUUCUGAUAAAAUUAAACCAUCCUCAUGUCGUACAUGUGCACAGUAUAUUCCAAAGGCGAGCAAAAUACUUUAUAUUUAUGCGCUACGCUGAAAAUGGCGAUCUGUUGGAGUUCAUCUUGAAAAAUGGAGCAGCUGCUGAGGGUCAAGCACGCGUAUGGUUUCGACAGCUUGCACUUGGUCUUCAAUACCUACACGAAAUGGAGAUCGCUCAUCGGGAUAUGAAAUGUGAAAAUGUUCUUCUGACGUCAAAUUUAAACGUGAAGCUAGCAGAUUUCGGAUUCGCUCGUUACGUAGUGGACAAUAGAGGUAAACGUGUCUUAAGCGAUACCUACUGCGGUUCCCUGUCCUAUGCUGCUCCAGAAAUCCUUCGUGCUUCUCCGUACAACCCCAAGAUCGCUGAUGUCUGGUCCCUUGGUUCGAUGCCCUUUGACGACACUGACAUCAAGCGUCUAUACGAACAGCAAACCAGUCGCAAGUGGAGAUUCCGUACUAAAAUUGCUGAUACCUUGAGUGACCAAGUGAAGAGGUUAGUGACUCGUCUUCUGGAGCCUGAUGUCUCUAAACGGUGGAGGCUGGAACAAAUAAUCAGUGGCGAAUGGAUCUCCAUGGAUCCUCGUCUUCUAGUUCUUACUCCUGCAGAGCAAACUGCUCUGAAUAAUGCUGUAUUAGAAAGGAAGAAAUAUGAAGAAAAAUUCUCAGCGAAAGACCCUAAGCUGUUCAAGGUGGAGGAGAAGAAGAAGGUAGGUGUGGAAACAGGCAGAUCUAAACCCACAGAAGAAGUCACAGUCAUCAAGAAAGCUGCUAGAGUAGCUAUGUCUUCAGUUGCAGCUGGAUCCAUUUUUAAGAAUUAA